AACGAAACUUUAGAAGACAUGCGGAAACGCAAACACAUCGGUUCCACACAGCCGGUACAGCGACAGGUCCAGCAGACAUGACCUGUGCGCUUUUCCUUUACGCACCACACACGAACAGCUCGCGACACCGCCAGCUCAGAGAUAACUGAAGUGUGAAGAUGAAGUGUCCUGGUUGUGGCCGUGAUAUUUUGGAGAAUGAUGCCAAUUUCUGCAGCAAGUGUGGCCACAGGCUGUGUGUCCAACCUGCAAACACACAGGACACUGGAGAUCAGCCUAAAUCCUUGGUAGCAGACUCAGAAAGUGCAUCUGAGAAAUCAGUGUCACAGGAAAACGACCCACCUGCGGACGGCAAAGACCCCAAUAAAUCCACCAAACGACCGAACGAUGAGACCACCAGCAACCUAAGGAAAAAGAAAAAAAAGAGGAAGAGGAACAAAAAGAAGAAAGAUGGCAACUUGUCAGCAGACCAAGAGCUGUCCCUUCUCUCCCUCGGAGACAACCAGGGGAAGAAGACGCAGGAUGGAAAAGACUCCUCUGACAGUGAAAGCUCAGAUAAUGCCAUGGAUGACGCACCAGAUUCACUCCACGACGGGCCCUCCUCACUAGAGAACCAGCCUGGUUCUGUAGCCGCUAACAUUCCUGUUGCGCCACCUGAAGAUGCACAAGUCGUUCAGAGUGAAAAGGCUGCUGCCACAGAAGAAGCAGUGACUGCGAUGCAGUCUGAGGAAGCUCCAGGUGACCCAGGUGAGGGAGAAAGCAAUACACCAAGAUCAACUCAGGAUCAGACAAUCGAGACAGCUGACACUCCGACUCCCAUCUCAGAGGAUGGCAAGAGUACGACUUCUCAGGCAGGUUCAGGCAAAGGGACAAAUCCCAUUAACCCUAAAGAUCAAAAGACUGACACGAAAAACGUAAAGAACAAGAAAGACAUGAAAGACACGGCCAAUCAACCUGCGUCGGACCAGAAUGCCAAAAUGGAGACAAAUGUAAAACAGAAAGGACAAAGCAAACAGAAGGGAAAGAGCCAGCUGGAGCAGGAACAGAAGCAGACCGCACCAGCACAACAGAAGAUGGUUUUUGGCCCUCAGUUAUCAUCAAAGGCUGACAGCACAGGCUCCAGUGUGGACCCGGUGGAGACAGGAGGGGACAUGGAGGUUCAGCAGUCUGGGGGCGAGGAGGACUCAACCGCAGCACAAACAUCAGAUGAUGAAAAUGAAAAUAAAGGCAGCAAUAAAGAUAACACAAAAUCCAGUACCCCAGCUGACCCGCCACCCAAAAGGUUGACCAGGAACAACAUCAUCGCCGCACGUGACAGACUCACAAUUUACUUCCACGCAGUUCUCUCAAAGGAUUUUAAGUUUGCUCCAAAUGAAGAUCGUAUCUUCAUCAGGGCUGGCAACCCCAUUGGGAAUUGGAAGGAAGAUACAGUUGAGCUGUUUGUGAGCAGGGAUCUUGGAGAACACGGCUUUCUGGUGGAGGGCAGUCUGCUGACACUCAAAAGUAAAGCUGUAUCUGUGUCGAUACCGUACAAAUACAUUGUCUAUAACAAAAAAAAGGGCAAAUAUGAUUAUGAGUUCAUAUACAAGCUGGAUGCUUCACAACACCCAACUAACAGAUGCUUGUUUGUGAAGUCCCACCUCCUCAAUGAAGAAGGGGACUGGCAUCAGUAUGAUGACAUCAUCUGUGCCGAGCCAUCCAAGAACAUGCUCAAACGCAUCAAAGAAAAGAUCUGGCCUGAUCAAAGGAGGGAUCUGAUUCAAGGCAGAGAGAUCGCAGGGAAAGUGAUGCUGGAGACCAUAUUUGAUCUUCUCAGGACCUGGACCGCCACAAAUUUCAAAAGUUUCCUCAUCCAGCUGGACCAGUUCUUUCAGAUUUAUGGCGACCCUUUUGUGUAUGAGGACACCCAUAAGAAAUGGACCUCCUUAGACUAUGGGAAAGAGGAUGUGAGGAGGAUGAUAAAGGAAUUCAUGCUGAUGAACGUGAUUCCUCAGUUGGUGAAAGAUGGAGAUGGCAAGAUGCUCUUUAUCCAGGAUUCCAUGAGAGCUGCUGUUAUCAUGCUCUAUGUAUGCAAACACCAUGGUAUCAGACUGAAUGAAGGUGAACUCCAUCGGCUCUGCACUGCACUGUGCCUGCCCAGCCUAAACAAAGAUGAGUUCCUUCAGUACUGGGCAGAUUUUACACAAGAUGUCUCUAUUCUUAAAAAUCUGACAGUUCACUUGGCGUCUCUGAUAAACGCUGUAAAAACAACAGGAAUGCCCCGAUGGAUUCUGGUCCUACCGCUCCUCCACCUGCUCAGAGGCAACGUAAAGCCCUUUGAAAUGCUGUCCUUUGGAAACUUAAAGUACGGCCUAUCCUGGGCAGGUUUGCAAGGCCUGGAAAUGAACACCUCAGCACACAUGAGCAGUCAAGAGAGGAAGGCACUGGUGAAUCUGAUGAAAAGCCACAGUCACUUGAUGAACGUGGACGCACUUUUGGUGCGAUCCUGUUCGUACUUGAUGCCACUUGACGAACUUAUGGAGUGUAUCAUCAACAUCAACACUGAGCUUUUGGACAUACUUCAAGUUUUCACUUAUAAGACUCCUGCGGAUAUUACAAGCAGUAAUGUCCAGACAGUGUCUGCCAUUCUCUCACAUAUCCAAGAAAACCUCAUUGAAGAAAAAUACAGUCCUUUUACCGAGGUUUAUAGGAGAGAAUGCCUUGCAACAGCAGUGAGACUGUUAGAGAAGCUCUGCAAAGGAGUCAAACAGGCAUCCUAUACCCAGAACUACACUGAUAUUCCUGUAGCGUGCAUGAAUCUGGUUGCGUCAGUGUCAGAUUUUGUUCACUGUAACAAACAACAGGAGACUCCAGAAGGGGAAAGAGAAGAACGAAAUGCAAAAGACUUGGUGAUCUCUCAGGCGAUGGUCAUUAUGAGAGACUGGAUCAGUGUGUCCUUCAGACAGAGUCUGCUCAAAAAGGGUUGGUCAUCCAUGUUACGAGAUGAGACCAAAGCAGAAAUUGAGAUUUGGAACAACAUCAUUUCUGUGCAAUUCAAAGAUGAAGAGUGCACAAAAAAAUGGAGACAGACAUUCAUAAUGGAUUUUGAGGGCAAGUACAGACAGGAGUCUGCUGUGGAUCAAAUUGAAUUCUACUGCACAAAGAUAGAGGAACUCAGUGAAUCCCAUCCACACAUUGCUGCUAGUAUUGAGAGGUGUGCUCUUGAGGCCGUUACAUCUUUGUGCCAGACUAAGUCUGAGGGAAGGCUGUUUGAGAGGUUCAAGAUAAACUGGAAGUUCGGGAAACUCAUCUCAGCGAUUAUCCAAAAAUCCUGGCCGAAGGAUCGUCAAGGAAAUUUCCAGGAAGAUGAAGAAUUGGUCCUUCAGCACCUCCUCUCCUGGACUGCCGCCAAAGACAUUUUCCAACUGCAUGGCGCAGACGAAAAGCUGAUUGAGAAGCUCUCUCAAGAUGCCAGGGACAGAAUUGCUAUAGCCAUAUCAUCAUUCACAGCCAUCAACAAUCAACUGGUCCACGGAGGCAUUAAGAUCAGCCUGCUCAAUAUCAUUUUGGACAAGAGAAAUGCCUUCUUAGAUCUGCUGAAGAUUGAUUGCCUCUCUGAGAAAGAACAAUACAAGGAUAAUGCCAAAAUGAGGAGGCUGUUACAGUGCAGAGAGGAUGAAGUGAAAGCUGUGUACCAUGAGAAGGAGCUUGUGGACGUCUUCUUAACAAUGAGCCACAAACUUGAGGAACACAUGACAGUUGACGUUGCCGACAUGGAAGAGAGACAGCAGGUCAACGUCGAGAUUAAACCCCUGAACUGUUUCAUGGAGGUUCAUCCAUUUGACCGAGUUCCUUCACCCAUGGCUGGUAUUGUCACCUACUUUGAUCUGAGUGAAGAUACCAGACACAUGGCAGAGAUCCUGUUCACCUUCAGAGACAGCUAUAUAUUCAAAGUGUGUUGGGAGAAACAAGCCAAAUGCGUGGCCACUGAAGAAAUGGAAGAUGAGAACCCUGACCAACAUGAAGUAGUGGACAUUAUGGCAACACCAGAAAUGAUACAUGAUAACAUUUUCGAGCCUUGCUUUGCUGAUUACAAAGACAUCUACACUUGUCUGAAGAAUGGCAGCAUAAGGCUUGAGGAGGUAAAUCAGCUCUUCAGAGAUUACAAGGGCAAGUACGAUGAGCUUGCACAGGACCUGGACAUCAUGUGCAGAGUUGAUAAAUCCAUCGACAAACAGUGGAUCUACAGCAGGGUUCAACAGAUCGAGCAGUAUCACGAACUUCAUCUAGCUGUGGCUUCAGCUCAGAUUAUCAUGAUGGUCAAAGAGACUCUUCGCCUUCAAGGGGACUUCAGGGUUCUGGAGACACUCACAGAAGCUAAUCAUGCUGACUUUCAGAGAGAGCAGCUCAACCGGAUUGACAAUGACUUGAUGCAGGCAAAGAUGGUCCUGGUUGACAUCACCGAACCUCGCAGACUGUGCCUACAGGAGCUGGGACUCAGAGGACACUUUGUAAAAUGGGUAAAAGAUGCACUUGAAGAUAUCAAUGAGUUGAAGGUGUUCGUUGACCUGGCUUCCAUCUCGGCGGGAGAGAAUGACAUGGACGUGGAUCGUGUCGCUUGCUUCCAUGAUGCUGUCCUCGGCUACUCUUCAAUGCUAUAUGAGCUCAAACCAGACUCUGGUUUUCCUGUCUUCAAAGAGGUGCUCAAGAAGCUCUGGAGAGCUUUGGAGAAUGACAACAAUCUACCAAAAAAACUGCGGGACAGUGCACGCCAUUUGGAAUGGCUGAAAACCGUGAAGGACAGUCAUGGGUCAGUGGAGCUGUCAUCUCUCUCUUUAGCAUCAGCCAUCAACAAUAAGGGGAUCUACCUGAUCAGUGCACAAAAUGUGAAAAAGCUGAACCUUGACACCGCCCUGAAGCUGCAGAUUCCAGAGGAGCAUGAUGAAGGUCAGCAGAUGCGUGGCUAUUCUCUGGAGGACCUGCGGGAGCUGCAGAACAAGCUCAUGCUCAUGUCUGGGAAAGGGGAUCAAGGGCAGAAUGAAGUUGAUCACUUUGCAGAGGUUUUUGCCAGUGUUCAAAGGCUAGCUGAGGCAUUCAUUGCCCUCUACAAUGCUGGGAAUCCUCUGUUCAGACACUGGGAAGCACAAAUCCACUGCUGUUUAAGCAGCGAAGAACCCAGUAUUAUGAUGGACUUCAACCUAGACAGUGUUGUUGGUGUUGUCAUUGCGGAGGGCAGCAUAGAGGAGCAGCUUCCUGACCUUUGCAGGAAAAUGGAGAAAUGCCUGGACUAUUGGAUGAAUUUUGUGGACAAACAGAGGUCCCAGCAUUACUAUCUGAACUACUAUACGGCUGAACAGAUUGUCUACCUCUGCAGCAAGCUGACUCAGCGAAAUGUGAUCAAUGUGGAGGACCAAGUUCUCAUGAUGCUCUCCUUUGUCAAGCCAAAUUGCACAGCCUCAGACUUGAGGCAGGUCUGGCAUGCACUCCAGUAUGAGAUCCUCACUAAACCACAAGAGCAAAAUGAAGACAUUGAGUUUCAGACUUUUGUUACGGUGCCAAGAAGUGAGCUUGGAGGUGCAGACUUCGACAGUGAGUUGGACUCUCUGCUAAGUCUUGUGGAACAAGCAAAUGGUUUGCAGAAAUUUGAUCUGAUAUGGAAUGCCUAUAUGAAAGACAUGAAGAACUAUCUUCCCCACAUCCUCGAUAUAAGAAGUCUUGGAAGACUGCUGGAAAUACUGGCCAACAAAGAAGAUGAGAGUGACAGAGGCGAAAGCGAAGAGGACAUUUCUGAUGACAACACUGGGGAUUUCAUACAGAGGAAGCUACCUCAAGGCCUGGCCAUAGGAAAUCCAAACCUCAUUGUUUGCCCGCACGAUGAGGUCUUGACAUCUUGCAUCUCCAUUUACAUGAGUAGCAAAGACGAGACACUUCCCACCUAUGACGAAGUCCUCCUGUGCAACUCAUCAACACCAUACGAACAAGUGGAGCUAUUCCUCAGACGCUGUCUGAGCACAGGCUACAGGGGGCAGAAGAUAUACUUUCUACUGUAUGGAGAUCUGCUCUCUUAUGAUGUGAGCUCCAAAGUUGAGAACUUUUUUCAGCGAAUGAAAAUGCGGAGCAGGAAAGACUACAGACUUGUUAUCAUCUGCAGCUCGGAAAGAGAACAUGCCUACCUUCCUUCAGCCUUCAGCCAGUACAGAUUGCACAUGGUCCCACAGGAGCCACUGGCGAGGAUCCAGAGGUACCUUCACAACCACUAUGUUGUCCCAGCAGAUCAAGACAGUGCAGCAGCUGUAUUCAAAGACCGACUGUGCGUUGGUGUCAUCUCAUCCAAAAGGGCUGGUGUUGGUAAAUCUCUCUACAUCAAGAGGCUGUAUGAAAAACUGAAGCACUCAACCAAAAAGCCUUCAAUGAUGAAAUGCAUCCCCUUGAUCGAACCAAAUGUUGAUGAGAAUGUUAUCGUCCAGUCUCUGUUGAACACCCCCAAGAGGAAAGAACUCAUGAUGUUCCACUUUGACAUCACAUCAUCGGUGCAGAGAGGUCUCCAUGAGUUUCUUUUCAAGUUGCUGAUUCUGCGUUAUUUGAUGGACUCUGAGGGAAAGACAUGGAAGUGCAGUGACAAGCACUUGUAUGUCAUUGAAAUUUUAGAGCCAACUAUCAUGUCAACCAGAAAUACUCCACGACAGGCUCAUAAUGUGAACAGCACGUUCACAGAAGUGUUUCCAAAUAUUUUCUGCCGACCACCUAAAGAGGUGCUAAUGCUAGAGAUGAGCAAGCAAGAAAAUCCUACCAUUGUAAGCACUGAUGACCCACUGAUGGAUGAUAAAGAAUUCAGGAGUGCAGCCUUUCAGCGGCCAUACCAGUAUCUUACACGAUUUCAUAACCACAUUGAUCUUGAUGUGUUCACAUAUCAGGGGGUUGAAGGGUCUCAUGUUGAAUGUCUUCAGAUGUUUCUCAUGUUCUGUGGCAUUAUGGAUCCAUCCUGGGCAGAACUGAGAAAUUUUGCAUGGUUUCUGAACCACCAGUUGCAAGACUGUGAGACAUCCGUUUUUUGUGAUGCCACUUUCACUGGAGACACGCUUGCUGGAUUCAAAACCUUUGUGGUGGACUUCAUGAUUCUGAUGGCAAAGGACUUUGCCACUCCAUCACUCAGCAUCUCAGACCAGAGUCCUGGCAGGCUGCAGAUGGACCUGACUAAUGUCCGGGAUGAAGACCUGGCUCCUUUCCUGAUCAGAAAGAGAUGGGAAACAGAACCACAUCCAUACAUCUUCUUUAAUGAUGACCAUGUGUCCAUGACCUUCAUUGGUUUCCAUCUUCAGCCCAAUGAACAGAACUUUGUUGAUGCCAUUGAGCCCACCUCUGGAAGGGUAAUAAAAAAGAAUGUCAUGACAAGGGCGUUGUAUGAAGGCCUAAACCUACAGAAAGUACCUUUCAACAUCGACUUUGAUCGCCUUCCAAGAGGGGAGAAAAUAGAGCGAAUCUGCAAUGUUCUUGGAAUCCAGUGGCCUCUUGACCCCGAUGAAACAUAUGAGCUUACAACUGACAACAUACUGAAGAUGCUGGCAAUCCAUAUGCGGUUCAGGUGUGGCAUCCCUGUCAUUAUCAUGGGAGAGACAGGGUGUGGCAAGACGAGACUCAUCAAAUUCCUUUGUGAGUUGCGGAGGAGUGGAGUGGCUACCGAGAACAUGAAACUGGUCAAGGUACAUGGAGGGACAACUUCGGAGAUGAUUUACACCAAAGUCAGAGAAGCAGAAGACAUAGCUGCUAUUAACAAGCAAGACUACGGAUUUGACUCUGUUCUUUUCUUUGAUGAGGCCAACACUACUGAGGCCAUCAGCAGUAUUAAGGAGGUUCUCUGUGACAAGACAGUCAAGGGCGAACCUUUGACACCCAACUGUGGGUUGCAGAUUAUCGCAGCAUGCAACCCUUACCGAAAACACACAGAUACGAUGAUUGAGAGGUUAGAAGCUUCUGGCCUUGGAUACAGAGUUCGAGCUGAAGAGACAGAUGAAAAGCUUGGGUCUAUCCCUCUCCGGCAGUUGGUCUACAGAGUUCAAGCAUUACCACCAAGCAUGAUCCCUCUCGUGUGGGACUUUGGACAGCUCAACGAUCACACAGAGAAAAUAUACAUCCAGCAGAUUGUACAAAGAGUGGUUGAAAACAGAGCAAUUGAUCAAAGUUACAUCAAGUGGAUCACUGAUGUCCUCUCAGCUUCACAGAAGUACAUGCGGACAAGAAAAGAUGAAUGUAGCUUUGUCAGCCUGAGAGAUGUCGAACGUUGCAUGCAGUCUUUUGUUUGGUUCUACAACAACCACGUCAUGUUCUUUGCAGAGCUUGAAGACUUUGAGAGUAAUCAAAAUGCAGAGAAGAGUGAACGGCAUCACAGACAACCUGAGGUCAGAGAUCCUGUGCUCUGGUCUCUGGUCAUGGCCAUAGGAGUGUGCUACCAUGCCUGUCUGGAAAAUAAGGAUAAAUACAGACAGAAAAUCAGCAAAAGCCUACCACCACUAUACAGCCCAAUGAAGGUGAUGCAGGAAAUCACACUCAUGCAAGAUUUACUUCUUAGUGGCGUGCCAAUGGGGGAUACUAUUGCAAGAAACAGUGCCCUCAAAGAGAAUGUCUUCAUGAUGGUUCUCUGCAUUGAGCUAAGAAUCCCUCUCUUCUUAGUUGGAAAACCUGGAAGUUCCAAAUCCCUGUCUAAAACUCUGGUGGCAGAUGCAAUGCAGGGCCAAGCUGCUCAUUCGGACCUCUACAAAAAGCUCAAACAAGUCCAUUUGGUGUCCUUCCAGUGUAGCCCUCACUCAACCCCAGAAGGCAUCAUUAAUACGUUCAAGCAAUGCGGACGCUUCCAGGAAGGAAAGAACCUGGAUGAGUACAUUUCAGUUGUGGUUCUUGAUGAGAUUGGGCUGGCUGAGGACUCUCCAAAGAUGCCACUGAAAACUCUUCAUCCACUGCUAGAAGAGGGAUGCAUUGAUGAUGAGCCACUACCACACAAGAAGGUUGGAUUCAUUGGCAUCUCAAACUGGGCUUUAGACCCUGCAAAGAUGAAUAGAGGCAUUUUUGUCUCCCGUGGUGACCCUGAUGAGAGGGAACUCAUUGAGAGUGCUAAAGGCAUAUGCAAAUCUGAUGCAAUGGUUUUGGAGAAGGUCAGGGAUUUCUUCCAACCCUUUGCAAGAGCCUACUUGAACAUCUGCCGCAAACAAGGCAAAGGCUUUUUUGGCCUUCGUGACUAUUACAGCUUGAUUAAGAUGAUUUUUGCAGUGGCAAAAGCUUCUCAAAGACGGCCCACUGCAGAGGAAACCGUGAAGGCUGUGCUGAGAAAUUUCAGUGGCAGGGAUGAAGUGGACGCAGUUAAGGUCUUUACCAAACGACUGCAGAUUGCACCCAACCUGGAGAACAUCAGUGCCAUUGAGUUUGUGAGAGAAAACAUUCAGGCAGUUGGACAAGAAGAAGAAUGUAGGUACCUGCUGGUGCUAACAAAAAACUACGCAGCCCUACAGAUCCUGCAGCAAGUCUUCUUUUCAGAAAGUGGUCAGCCAGAGAUAAUCUUUGGAUCCAGUUUCCCAAAAGACCAAGAGUAUACCCAAAUCUGCCGCAACAUCAACAGAGUAAAGAUCUGCAUGGAUACAGGUCAAACAGUUGUGCUGCUAAACUUGCAGAACCUCUAUGAAAGUCUCUACGAUGCCCUCAACCAAUACUAUGUCUGCUUGGGAGGACAGAAAUAUGUUGACCUUGGACUGGGAACCCACCGUGUGAAAUGCCGGGUGCACAAAGACUUCCGACUAAUUGUCAUUGAGGAAAGAGAGGUGGUGUACAAACAGUUCCCAAUACCUCUCAUCAACAGGCUGGAGAAACACUACCUGGACAUCCACACUGUCCUUAAAACUGAGCAGAAGAGGUUGGUGGAUGAAUUGGAGAAAUGGUUGAGGAUUUUUGUGUCUCUCAGCAGUCAACACGCAGCAGCAGCAGCUCAGGUUUACAAGUACCAGCCACCAGACGUCUUCAUUGGCUACCACUCGGACACUUGUGCUUCUGUGGUACUUCAAGUAAUAGAGAAGCAGAAGGACAGUUUGGACAUCUCAGAUCCUGAGAGGAGAAUACUGGAUGAGGCUAAACUCAUUCUGCUCAGAUGCGCCACACCAGACUCAGUUGUGCGGUUGGACUGCACAGGCCUUCCCAAAGUGGAGAGUGAAAACCUGGCCAGGGUCUACUUUGAAGAGCAAAAUAACAGCUGCUUGGCGGACUUCAUUCUUGCUCACACAAGGCAGGAAGUCCAUUGCUACUCCUCCUUCACAGAGGUGACAACAUUCUCCAGACUCCUGACAGCAUCUGACCUGGAACCUUUGGAGCAAGUGCUGCAUAGUGUUGAGCUUCUCUCACUCCAGCAGUUUGACACAGAGCACUCCUUCCUGAAGAAGAUCAGAAACGUCCUCACUGCUGAAAAUGGAAACCGCAACAUUGGACCCUGCAACAAGAUUCUCCUCAUUCAGAGUGAUUUUGAUGAAGCCUCUCAUAGUGCAAAUCUCAUUGCAUCUGCAAAGUAUUCAUCCAUCAAUGAAAUCAACAAGCUAACUCAGGAGAGCAUGGGAAGCAGGGUGUUUGUGUACUUUAUCACCAGACUGCCAAGAAUGGAAGGUGGGACCUCCUACAUCGGCUUUCAUGGAGGCCCUUGGAAAUCAGUUCACAUUGAUGACCUCAGACGGUCAAAAGACAUCGUUUCAGACAUCAAAGCCUUGCAAAACAUGACAAUCUGUCAAAUGUUUGAAGCAAAGACGAGUCGGCCUGAUGCCAUGGAGGUGGAUGACAUGUACACUGAGAAUGAGCAGGAGGAGGCAGAGGCAGAGGAAAAUGGCUGGGAUAACGUUGUGGACACUACAGCACUGGUGCGGAGCUGUGUGCAGAUUGCAGUAGGCAUGCUCAGGGACCAGAUGGAAAGCGGCUUCCGCAGUACUCGGAGAGUUGAGAUUCUGCUGAUGCUCCUCAAUGACAGUGACGAAAUAAAAGGUGAAUUUCUACAAACUGUGAAGAGGCAUCUUCACUCAUUGCUGGCGACUAACGAGGGCAACGCCUUCUCAGCCAUCAAAAGCAACUGGGUCAUGAAGGAGGCCUCAAACAUUGAUGCCUUGCAAGAAGGAGGUACCUUUAGGCACACCUUAUGGAAGCGUGUUCAGGCUGUGGUGAUCCCCCUCUUGGCACAACUGGUUUCAGUCAUUGACCGUGACCAGAACUUGGACAUCCUGCUUGAUAGAAACUGUGGUGAACAUGUCAAGAGGCUGUGGUUAGACAUCUUUGGCAAUGUUAAGCUGCUGAAAAUCCCACGCCUAACGAUGGACCACAACUCAGAGACAAGAACAGUCCUUGUACAGAACUACAUUGCCCAAAACAGGAAUGUAAGCUGCAGCAUGCCCUUCAGCUGGAGGAUCAAGGACUACCUGGAAGAACUCUGGGUUCAUGCGCUUCAGCAUGAAGGCCACACUCAACAAGAGUUUGAUGAGUUCUUUUGGAAGACACCACUGGGACCAUACAUUAUGAAAGCAGACCAAGAGAUCCAGACAGAGUUUUUCCAGCGCUACCUUCAAGACUUCAUCUACAUGACAAUGAAUGUGACUUGUCAGGAAGAUCUGCAGCUCCUCUCUGGCGCUCUGAAUUGUUGCGUCAAUGAGCUGCGAUUGCAGCUCAAUGCUACAGAUAUGCCGACAUCGCUUGCAUGGGUCCAUGCUGCUUAUCACGAGUUCAAGAACAGACUGCAGAACCUCUCCAGGAUGAUCUGCAUCGAGCCCCAAGUCACCCAGCACCUCUUGCAGAAUCAUCAUACAAGAGACGGGGUUGAACUGGUACUCGAUGUGUACGCUGCCUUUGCAUGUGUGGAGUACCUGGAGCCUCAGCUCCUUAACACAGAUGCCCAACGACAAGCCUGGCUCAGACAGGUCAAAAAACUCCAGGUUCCCAUUGAGCUGAUCUGCUCAGAAGACAGUGUGAGACGCUAUGGCGAGAGGAGCAAGGCGAUGGUCUGCAGAGUCCAAGCUGGAUGGAAUCGCAUAUUCACCCUCUCGCUCUUUGUGGAACACAUGCUGUUGGGCAUUGAGCAAUUAGAGAAGAAGCUGACGCCUUUACUUUUGGAGCAUACAAGAGGUCUUUGCCAGAUACUGGAAAAGAAUUCAGACCUCAAAACUCAGCGGUCAUUUGAGGCAGUAAUCGGUUUGCUCAAAGCUUGCAAAGAUGGAGCCGUUGAACGCAUCUUCAAGUUUGGGCUUAAACUAUGCCCAGUGUGUAUGGGAGACCCACAAGACCCGCUCUGCCUGCCAUGUGACCACAUCUAUUGUGUAGCCUGUAUCAAACAGUGGCUGAUCCCCGGUCAGAUGUACUGUCCCCUGUGCAUGCAGCCAGUUAACGAUGACUUCCCCAUGUUUCCUUCAGAUGCCAUAAGGGUUCUCGUCAACCGACACGCUCAGUUCAGGAAGCAGUGCAACGCUUUCUUCAUCGAACUGGUGUCCACUGUGUGCUUCAAGGACAACUCUCCCCCCUCUUCGGCUGUCAUUGUCCAUCUGCUGUCCUUCCUCAUGGUCGAGGCCAACACUGUUCCCAUUCUCCGAAUUAAUCGACAAGUGUUGACAAAGGUGCUCUCUCCGUUUGAUGACUCUGUGGAUAAAAAUCCAGUGGUCCGGUCAGUAGUGCUCAAACUCCUGCUGAAGUACAGCUUUGAUGAGGUGAAAGAGUACCUGCAGCAGCAUCUGGUGGCAGUUGAGCAGAGCAACAUCUUGGAGGAGACGGACAAAACUGAGCUCUACUUGUUGUACAUCAACUGCCUGGAGGACUCCAUGUUUGAAAGGUUGCAGUUCAGGUCCGUCGCAGACCAGCAGGUGUGUCUGCAGGAUGAAAGUGCCUUCCUGACCGACUACCUGCAAUCACAUGGUCAGUCUGCUGAAGCAGCCACUGUGGAGUAUCUACAGCAGUUGGCCAGAGUGCGUAUGGACCUGGAUAUGGCUGCAAGCCUCAUUAUGGAAAAACUCAGAACCGCAGAGGCUGGUCAAAGUGGAACCACAGCCUUCCUGACCAGUGUGGUGAACUUGUGUAGGCGCAGUAGAAACGACUGGUAUCGUGUCUACGUGAUCCGUAAGAUCUGCAGCCAGCAUGGAGUGGAGUUUGUCCUGAAACUCCUCAAAAAGGAAGAAAUGCGUUGGCUCUUCCCUGAAGAAGUGCUGCAAAAGAGUGAAGAAGCCACCCCAACAGACCAGUAUCUUGUGUGUGGGGAAGACUACAAGACCAUCAGAAACGCUGUGGCAAAGGGAGUUAUGGAGGGCAAAAUGGAUGGACUGGAUGAGACUUGCAAGGGGUGCCGAUGUUUACCACAGUGUACAACAGUUUAUCUUCUAUUGGCACUGUACAGAGAAGUCACCACUCUCUACAGAGAAGCCAAUGUCAGCUUCCAUCCCAAGCUUGAGCAAUUGGAAGCCCUGAUGGGUUACAUCGAAAACUCAAAAGUCCUUGCCAGCCCGCAGAUGAAGGCCUUUGCUAGGGGUCUGGUGACCAACAACCUCGAGCUGUUGGAUGUUCGUCCGGGUGCGUCUGGUGCCCGUUGUGUGUUGGUGGACUUAGCUAUUCACCUGGCUGCUGUCUUGCUCUGCGGGAACCAGGGGAUCUUAGCUCCCCUGCAGCAGCUGGCAAUGGCUCCUGCCAACAUGCAGGCCGCCUUCUUGCCUAGCAUGCCGGAGGACAUGUUAGCAGUGGCUCAAAAAGCUAUGGGGCAUUUGCAGUGGUACCGUUGUCCAAAUGGUCACCCCUGCACCAUUGGAGAGUGUGGCCAGCCCAUGGAGAAAAGUCACUGUGUGGACUGUGGUGCUGAGAUUGGAGGAGACAAUCACAGGCCUGUGCAGGGAUUUCAAGUUACUGGCCUGCAGGGUGACCGCACUCAGACAGGCCACAUCCUCGGCGACCCCAGCCGCAGGGACAAUCCGGACAUGCUGGACACAAAGAGCAUUUCUCCUGUUCCCUUCACGAUGGUCCGCAUGCUCACUCACAUGGCCAUGCUGCUCGGCGCCUGCAACCACCCACAGUCCAUCUCUACAAUCAUCAAGCCACCAGUCCCUGACACAGGUGCUUUUCUACUUGCGCACCUGCGAAAGGACCUAGAACAUCUCAUCAGGUCCCUGGGUAAAGGCACUGACGACACAGUCAGCGCUGUUCACCUGCUCAUCAGCAGCCUCAUGGUGCCCAAACAACAAACAUGGCCUGCUCCUUAUGACAAUGUGCUCUCCACCAAAGAGGCUAGAAAUGGAUGGGAGAUGGAAGUGAGCAACAUCAUCAUCACACCUCAGUUGAAGCACUUGGAUAGGCAGCUAAAGGAAGUGAACACAUUCAUCCGGGCUGACUCCCGCAUCUCUGCCAAUCCAAUCAUGAAGCUCAUGUUCGGAGAACCUCGUCUCUUCCUGGCGUCACUUCCCCAAAAUUCACUGAUCCAUGGUUCGGCUGUUUGGAGCUGCAGGGAGAAAGUGUCUCUGCUGAGUCUCACCCACAUUGUGGAGCAGAAUGACGGCAAAGACACUCUGCCGGUGCUCUGGAGAUUUCUGCAUAGGGAAGCAGAGGUCCGACUGGUGAAACACCUUCCUGACAUCCUCACGCUCCAGAGAGAUCUGGUCAAGAAGUUCCAAAACAUCACCGAUCUGACUUGUGGCACCAUUGCUGAAUUCCUCCAGAGUCAGAAAGCAGUUUCGCUGAAAGCCUGGUAUGAUAAAUACAUCAAAAUCUUCCUGACAACCUGGAAUCAGCUCCGAGUGUCGUUGGCAACGAACGGUGAGAUCAAGAUCCCGGCGGAUUUCUGCCAGAAGGACCUGGACGUCAACACUGACUUCAAGGUGCUGUUGCCGCGGCGACAAGGCCCAGGCCUGUGCUCCACAGCCCUUGUCAGCUACCUCAUCGCCCUGCACAAUGACCUGGUCUACUGUGUGGAUAAGCACACUGGAGAGGAGACCAGCUACAAAGUGAGCCCUGCAGAUCUGACUGACCUGCACGUGAUUCGGUACGAGCUGGAGAGGGACCUGAUGCCUCUGGUUCUGUCCAACACCCAGUACAGCAUUGAGAGAGGCCAGGAAACCCUUCAUGAGUAUGACCUGCCCAAGAUCCAGCAGCAGAUCGUCUCUCGCUUCUUACAGGGCAAACCACUCAUCACUCUCAAUGGCAUUCCAACACUGGUGAACAGACAUGACCGCAACUAUGAGGUUAUCCUAAAGGAUGUAAAAGCAAAAGUCCAGCAGGAGCCUCUUCAGACUCUCACCCUGUUCACCGUGGCUGGGGAGCUGCACUCCUACAGCGAGGUGUGCGAGGCCUUGUCCACACUGGAAGUAGCCCUCGGUUUCCUUGCCAUGACUGGGGGAGAGCCUCACAUGCAGCUGUCCAGCUACCUGGAGGAGGUGCUGCAGAUGGGAAACCAGAUGGCUCCGCAUAUCCUCAAGGCCCUGAGCAUGUGCUGUCUGAAGCACUGUGUGGCUCUGUGGCAGCUGCUGGCCUCACUCAAAUCAGAAAAUAUGCUGCGGCUCAAGAGGGAUCCAUUUGUGGAAGUCUCAGAGAAGUACAAACAGGCCCUGAGUGAGGACAAGCACAGGCUGCUGACUGGCUUCUUUUCUAAGAGCAGUGCUGACACAUUCCUGCUGGAGAUGCACGAGUUCCUGGUGCUGGUCCUUAAAAAGCCCGAUGCACCUGACACCUACAGGCCUGACUGGAGCCUGAAAGACACACUGGUGUCUUACAUGGAGCGCAAAGACCUGGACAUCCCCCCUGAUGUGGAGGAGCUCUUCCCAGAAGCGAUCUGUCUGUCCCAGUAUGUUGAAGCCUGGAAGUUCAUCAUGGCCUUCAAACAGGAGCGCAGCCAGAGACAAUAACGUCAAACCCCACAGAUGAAGUUUACAAUCAUGGUGAAUUGACAGUAUUGAAUCCGUAUGAAUGUGUGAUAUGUUCUGUGUUUUACACAUAUUUAUGCAGAGACGUGCCUUUUUUAGCACAAAUGGUAAGCUUCACAGUGCCACAGAAUAAGUGUGCAGGAUUUUUUUUUUUAUUAUUAUUUGAUCUUGUUUUGUAUUUUCUAUUUUCCUGAGCACCAACAUGUACGAUUUCCGUACAGUUGAAAGUCUUCUUUCUCGCACUUUACUUGUAAUGUGAAUAAGUCUGUCUUGAAGAGGCAGAAAAAUAAUCUGAAUUCUACUCAGGUACAAAUGUGGAAUAACUAGGGUCUGAAAAUAACACUGACCGAAGUCACUUUAUCAAGUAUAAUGUGUCUUUUCUCUUUCUCACUUGGCUGGUUUCUCAUUUUCAUUCCUCUUUUGAAUCAGUGUUUAUUCAUGUUUUGUUGUGGCUAUGCAAACUUUGCACUUGCCUUUCUUCCACUUUUUAAAGUCACUGUCCAGAAGUUUCCUUCAACUUAUUUCUCUUUUACAUUCCAGUUUUUCUUUUUUUUUUUUAAACUCAUCAUGUAAUGUUGAGCAUAUUUACAGAAUACAAUAUACCCUUAUUGUCUUACUUGCCCAUUUAGUAUAGUUUUUUUUGGUUAAGUGUGUGUGGUAAUUCAAACUGCUUCCAAUAAAGUGGAGCUGUCACCUUUUG